AUGUCAUCGACAACUAAUUUCUACUCCAGAAGAAGAGAUGACGACGAUAAUAACCCACCACGUAAUCCCACCACUACAACUAACACUACAACCGAUACUACGACUAAUCCAUCCUCAUCGAGGACAUCUGGAAAUAUCAGAAACCCAUCCAAUUAUUCAAGAAAUACCGAUACACCAAAUGAUAAUAGAGAUGCUUACUCUAGAAGAGGUGAUAGAUAUAGACCAAGUGAACCUGGGUCAUACAAUAGGAACGAUAAUGGGUAUCAGCAACCUAGGGAAUAUAGGGAUAGAGGUAGAGAAAGAGUAGCUGAGUCUUCUACUUCAUACAAUAGAAGCGAUGAGCAACAACCCAAAGACUAUAGGGAUAGAGGCAGAGAAAGAGCAAAAGAACCAAGUUCGUAUAAUAGAACUGAUGAUAGCUCGUCUCGGGAGUAUAGGGACAGAGGUAGGGAAAGAACAGUUGGGGAUAGUAGUCAACUGACUUCAUCACUGUAUAGAAGAAGUGAAGAUAGAAUAAGAGAUGACAGAAGAGGUGAUGACAGAAGAGGUGGUGACGACAGGCGUAGAGAUAAUCGAGGAAGAGAUGAAAGAAGUAGAUACGCUCCCAGCGAUGACAAUCAUUACACCCCUAGAUCCUAUCAAUCCCGAAAAAGAGAACAACCGUCCGAUCCUCUGUCAUCAUACAGACCAACCAAACAACCAAGACAUUACGAUUCACGAACUGCCGCUGCUCCGUCAUCCUCCCAUUAUCCAUCCCGUUCUGCCGAGCCUGAACUCCCACCCGCUGAAGAAAUCGUCCAGAUCGAGAAAGAAUUACAAGUAUUAUCCAAUAUCGAACCAAUUGAAGACCUUAAAGUGAUUGAUUCGAGAUGGGGCGUGAAACCAAAAGGAUUUGAACAAGUUUCGGCGCAACGUGCCAAAUUAUCAGGAUUGUUCCCCUUGCCGGGAUUCCCCCGUCCUGUUGAUUUCACGAAAUUAGAAGGAUUGAUUAAGGAUAGAUUAUCUAACAGUUCUGAUAUUUUGAUUGAAAGUUCGAAAAUUGACCCUGUGGAUUCUAAAGUGGCCAAAACUUUGGUUAUUCGGAAUGAUUUAUCCAAGAUUAAUUAUUUGAAAUUGGUGGAAUUCUUUAAUGAUUGUUUGAAGGUGAUUGAUAUUGAAUUGAAUGAAAAUGGGACUAGUAAUAUUCAUUCAAAGAAAAAGACUAAAGAUGAUAAAUAUUUGAUAAUUGAGUUUAAUGAUAGUGAAUGUGCUACUAUUAUCUAUUCGUUAAAUGGGAUGGAAUUGUUAUUUAAUGCAUAUAAAGAAGAAAAUAUCCCUCGAAGUUCUGAGAAUGAGAAAUUUAAAUUGGUGAUAACUAGACCAAAUGAAUAUCUUGUUCAAAAUCUCCCACAACAACCAUUAAAAGAAUCAGGCAUGAUUGAGGAAAUCGUGAAAGACAGUCCGAGAAAGAUAACAUUGGUUAUAUCCCCAGAUACAUCCGUCGAUUCAAUUAGAGAAGAAUUAGAAAAGAUCCAUCCACUUCAUGGAAUGCAAUAUUUACGACAAAAGGGAACCAAGGAUCCUCUUGGAAUUGUAUUUAUUGAAUUUGAAGUAAUUGAUAAAAAUCAUACAUUGCAACAACAAAUAAAUCAAUUAUCUACAUAUAUUGAUAAAAUCAAGAAGAUUUCAUUUGUUCAUAAUGUUUUCUUCUCAUGUAUUGAUUCAAAUAACCCAUUAGCAAAUAUUCAAGAUUCAAUUAUUGAUUUUCAUAAUUUGAAAGCAUUAGUCCGGAAUGAAAAAGUUUUCCCGCAUCCAAAGCUGAGAGUUAUUCAAAUCUUAAAUGCCGUCACGGUUAAAGAAUUAGCCGAUGAUGACAACUAUCAAUUAAUACUUCAAGAUAUGAAAUCUGAAGUUGGGAAAUAUGGAACCAUUAAAUCAAUUAAAAUCCCCAGACCUGAUCAUGAUUUCAUGCCUGAUUUAUUACAAUUUAAUCAACCUAGUUUAGGUAAAAUAUUUGUCGAAUUCGAGGAUGAGAAUAAUGCAUUUAAAGCGAUUAUGGGAAUAUCGGGGAUGCUGUAUAAUGAUAGAACUGUAUUAUGUUGUUUUUUCGAUUAUGAAGAUUAUCAAAAUGGAUUAUAUUGA